AGCUACUCAAGUGUGCUAACCUAGUCAGUCAGAAAGGUGUCACCUUAUUGUGUCAUUGUAUUCGAGAAUACAUCACCGCUUUUUUUUUUUUUUUUUCUUGCCCCAGACGUGCCGACCUUGGAAAUGUAAACGCUGAUGCUUUUCCUGAGGACCGGGAAGCAGAGUAACUGCAAGCAUCAAAUUAAAGGUACUGGAAGAGGAACUUGACCCAUUGAAUCAAGUCGAGUCACAUUUUUUUUCCUGCUCAUAAUGGGUUUGGAGGCUCUGCUUUAUGCAUGACUUAUGUGCGACCUGAUGGGAGGAUACUGUGGCUAGCACUUUCAUCAGGAUACAAGGAGAGACAUCUCAUGCCCGCCACUUAGGUGGAGGGCCAGCCAGAAUGAAGAAGAUCAGCCUUAAGACCAUUCGGAAGUCGCUGAGCAUAAAGGGCAAAGAGGAUGGUGACUUUGUCAUGCUCCAGCAGCCCCCAGUGGCCGCAGAGUUCUCAAAGGACGAGUCAGUUUUCGGUGGCUGCUACACCAAAGACCUUUCCGUGUGUGAUCUGGGUGGCGAUGAAGACAAAGGUGCGCAAAAUAAGAGUCGUUCAAAGAGUGAGGGCCUGAUGGGAUCACUUAAGAGAAGGCUGUCCGCCAAGCAAAAGGCAAAGACCAAAGCCGGUCCCUCUGCAAUUAGCUCAACGGACGAUGAGGACACCUUCUCCUCCUCUUCUGUGCCCAUCAGCUUCAACGAGGUUAAAGCCCAGAGACCUCUAAGGUCUGCAUCACUACGGAGUCACCACUAUAGCCCCUCACCAUGGCCUCUGCGGCCGGUCAACUCUGACGAAGCUUGUAUUAAGAUGGAGGUCAAAGUUAAAGCCAUGGUUCACUCUCCUAGCCCCAGCCCCAACUUAAAUGGAAUCCGAAAGGAAUUCAGCGAUUUUCAGAUGGAUGGGCUCUUUCAGGACCAACCUGAAUCCUUAAAAAACCUCCAGCAGCCACAAAAUGGUGAGCUGCAUCUAAAUAUUGAUGACAAUGAUGUGCCUGUGGUACUGGGGUUGAUGCCCCAAGACUACAUUCAGUACACAAUGCCUUUAGAUGAGGGAAUGUACCCAGAAGGGUCCCACUCCUUCUGUCUGGACAGCGCGUCUCCUAUGGAGGUGGUGGCAGACGCAGACAAUGGGUCCCUACUGAUGGAUCAGGGACAGGAGGAGCAUGAGAUGGUUGGCGGUUUACCUCCAGACCUUUUCAUGGACACCUCAGUCAAUAGUCUUUUUAUCGGUUCUGCUGGCGUCAUGCUUCAAAGCUCAAGAGGAGAGGUCCCGGCUCCCCUCUCUCCCCUUCUGUCUCCCAUGAGCAGUAUCGGCCAUUUUCCAAGGACGUUCUCUGGCUUCAGCUCCUCAGACAGCCAGGUUGCCGAGAGAGUUAGACACCACCUCAACUUUGAUCCCAAUUCAGCUCCCGGAGUCAGCAGAGUGUAUGACUCUGUCCAAAGCAGCGGGCCCAUGGUGGUGACCAGCCUGACACAGGAGCUAAAGAAACUGGCGAAGCAGGGCUGGUACUGGGGCCCAAUCACGCGGUGGGAGGCGGAGGAAAAGCUCAUCAACUUGGCCGAUGGCUCGUUUUUGGUCCGAGACAGCUCGGAUGACAGGUACCUGCUCAGCCUGAGUUUCAGGUCACAGGGCAAAACUCUCCACACCCGGAUCGAGCAUUCCAACGGACGCUUCAGCUUUUAUGAGCAGCCUGACGUGGAAGGACACACGUCAAUUGUGGACCUCAUUGAACACUCAAUAAAAGACUCGGAGAAUGGUGCUUUUUGUUAUUCCAGGUCUCGCUUACCAGGGUCGGCAACAUACCCUGUCAGACUCACCAACCCCGUGUCUCGAUUUAUGCAAGUGCGCUCCCUGCAAUACCUUUGUCGCUUUGUCAUUAGACAAUACACAAGGAUAGACCUUAUUCAGAAACUGCCCUUACCUAACAAGAUGAAAGAUUAUUUACAGGAGAAGCACUACUGACACACACAGGACAGUGGUGGCUGUUUUGCACUUUUUAUGUUUAGUGAGGUUUACACAUCCCUAACCCUUUUGAGAUGAUAGGUUUACUUGGAGAGCAAACACACACAAACCGCCGCCGCAACAAGUAAUCCCAGUUCUACAAUGAAAUGCUGAAACAAAGCCUACAUACAGUUCAAAAUUUAAGGCGACUUGUACAUUGAUAUGCAUUGUUGUUAUGAAGUUGGAAGGAUUUCACAUUGACCUUUUUUGGCCUAAAAAACAUUGCUGGCAAAACUCUCUUCAAACUGAUGAGUUGUAUCAUUUUCUAUUUCAUUGCAAUAGAUGUUUGCUAACACAUUCAUGCACGUGAAAACAACUUUUCAUGUUAACGUGCAUUGAUUGUUGAAACAAACAACUUAUCAGAAAAUGCAAUUUAUUCACUGGAUGUUUUUCCUAGAAUUAAUCAGUCUGUCUCUGUGUAAUACAGGUGACAUGUUAAAAAUGUGUUCUUCACUGUGCGUCAACUGGUGAAUGCUUUGGUUUUGUGAUAGAACCCGAGAAAGCACAAAGCUCUAUCAUAAUAGACUUGGAGAUCUGAAGAUUGCUCCGUUGCAAAAACAAAUGCCACAUGAAAAUGAAAUGUUAUUUUUUUCUCUUUUUAAAUAAAAUUCUGUGGCGUGACAUGCAUGAUGUGCAAGUAGCCACAGUUUAUGGUGGUCUGAAAUUGAGACAUCUUAAACAAUUGGUCAUGCACAAUGAGCUUUAAAUUAACUUCUGGCUAUAUGGAGCCAUUCAAUAUUAUGCAAGUCUAACGGUACUGAUGAUGCUGGAAAUUUUAUUUUAUUUUUUCCCCCAUGUUGUGCUGUUUGUGGAAACAGCAUCGUGUUAAUCUUGUGCUAUAGAAAUAAGUGGGACCUAUUAUGCUUGUUUGUGAUUUACGAUACGAAGUUUCAAACAAUACUGAGGCAAACAUAUGCCAAAAUAGUGUUUCUAUUCUUAUUUUCUAUUACAUUAGCUCGUCCCUGAUGUCUGUGUUUGGUUUUCUGAUAAAGGCAACUACAAUUGUGGGCUUUAGAAAUACGGGCCUGUUUGAACAAUUAAAGGGUAGCUAAUUUAGAAUUAGACUGCCAGUGUAAAGUUUGGACUUGGUUUCUCAGCCAAUAGCAUGAGAAAGUGUCAAAACGUUUGACUGGUAGUCCAUUUUCCUAGUUUGGUUGUUGGAAAAAGCAAGUUGAGCACAAUAGGUCCCCCUUUAAAGUACAUAUGUUUGUGUAAUGAAUACUCCACAGCAGCUACAGUGAAGAAAUGUGCUACUCUUUUUAAAUCUGGUUAUGUGCAUGUCGUGAAGGCUUCAACAGUUGACCUCAAUGAGAAAAGAUGUCAUAAUGGGUUUUGCCACAUUACGUAAACCCGAAUAAACCCGUGAUGUGGUUUCUAAUUAGAAACGAGGACUUGAGAACAGACCUGUCGUCACUUGACCUGAAUCCGUAUGCAGUGACUCCUGUGUCUUAAAGUUUGACCCAGAUUAAUUCAAUACCUAAAAUGGUGUGAGCCCUGUGUGAAAGGAUCUAGGAAAUCCAUGGUUGGCAUAAUGUCAAGGUCUCAGCUUAUGACAAUUUAAUUAAAGUUGCUUGGCUUCAUUAGCACCGUGUGAGUUUAGA